CCCGCCUUCCAGUUUGCAUUCCGUGCCCACUCUCCCGGUCCACAAUCACAACCAUUACACCAAAACCUGCAACAGUAACGUUACCACCCCACUCAGACCCAAACGGCAGAGCGUCAGGUGUCGUCCUCUAAAUCCCAGAUACCUAGGCAACCUCAAAGAUGGCCGAGCAGUGUAGCGCUUGCCAUAAGUCGCCUCCAGAGGUGACUCUGAAGCGCUGCGCUAAGUGCCAGGCCACGCCCUACUGCUCUCGCGACUGCCAGAAAGCCGACUGGAAGGUCCACAAGAAGGUAUGCGGCAAGAACGGCAACAACGCCCCGAAGGCCGGCACGACGCUCUCGCCGUCCAAGGGUCUCGACCAGCCCAUUGCUCAGCCUUUCACCCGCCUCGACAACGGCACCUGGCUGCACAAUCGCCCUGAGAAGGAUGUGUACCGCCUCCUCAUUGACGCCUACCGCAUGCGUGCCGAGGAUAACCACAAUAUUGAAGGCAAGGCCGAUGGCGUCUAUGGAGGGGCGCCUGACGGACUGAAGGGUCUGAAGCGCUUUGUUCAACUCGCUGCCUCGCGGCCUGGCCUUCUUCCGCCGUGGUGGAAUGACGAGAAGCAGCGCGAAUGCGAGGAGUUCGGCAUGGAUCCGUCGCAGUUCCAGAACUUGCGCCGUCCGGUGCAGAAGAGCGACAUCAUCGAGCACUACGGCGACUCGCGCUUUCCGAUGCAAUUGCGCAUGUUCGCCGAGGCGGUCUACGGCCGUGGCCCAGGGGGGCAGGAUGGGACAUUCAUGAGGAAGGCGAUGAUGGCCAUGGAACAGGGGACCGCUGGCGGCUAUGAGGCAACCUUGUUAUCUUUGUAAAGGUGAAGAGGGAGGGCUCGGGUGGACAGCACUUGGAAACGGCGCUUAGAAUAGCGUCGAGUUGACUAUUUCUCCGUGGUCAUUGGGAAUCGUCUUUCUGAAGAGACCUCUUCGCCAAUGAAUCAACACUUAUAACACGAAGCACAGACCACUGAGCAGCCCGAGACGGUAACUUUACCCAUUCAGGUAGGUCACUACCUUAUGUAAGGCGAGUUCAGGCCCU